AUGUAAGGUUCACUGAAUCUCUUUGGAAGCAAGAUCAAGUAAAAAUCAAGGUAGUAUUAUGUCUCUGAGACAGAAAUUUCAGGAAGCCAUAUGUUACAUGUAAAAGAGAACGGUGCUAGAGGCUCAGACCUAUAAUCCCUGCCACUUGGGAUGGUGAUAUUGGUAGGAUAAUAUUUCAAGGCCAACCCAGACUGUCCAUUAUGGAUGGAGGAGAUGAUGGUAACCUUGUCAUCAAAAAGAGGUUUGUGUCCGAGGCAGAACUAGAUGAACGACGCAAAAAGAGGCAAGAAGAAUGGGAGAAAGUUCGAAAACCUGAAGAUCCAGAAGAAUGUCCGGAGGAGGUGUAUGACCCUCGGUCUCUAUAUGAACGGCUGCAGGAGCAGAAAGACAGGAAGCAGCAGGAGUAUGAGGAGCAGUUCAAAUUUAAGAACAUGGUAAGAGGCUUAGAUGAAGAUGAGACCAACUUCCUUGAUGAGGUUUCUCGGCAGCAGGAACUAAUAGAAAAGCAGCGAAGAGAAGAAGAACUCAAAGAACUGAAGGAAUACAGAAGUAAUCUCAACAAGGUGGGCAAUUCCACCGAAAAUAAGAAAGAGCUGGAGAAGAAACUGGCUGCGAAACCCAUAGAAACCAAGAACAAGUUCUCCCAGGCGAAGCUGUUGGCAGGAGCCGUGAAGCAUAAGAGCUCAGAGAGUGGAAACAGUGUGAAAAGACUGAAAUCAGACCCUGACCCAGAUGAGAAGAGCCAAGAGGCCUCGUCCUGUGUGUCUCUGGGAAGCACGUCCCUGAGCGGCCCCUCCAUCCACUGCCCCUCAGCUGCUGUCUGCAUCGGCAUCCUCCCAGGCCUGGGCGCCUACUCGGGGAGCAGCGACUCUGAGUCCAGCUCAGACAGCGAGGGAACCAUCAAUGCCACCGGCAAGAUCGUCUCCUCCAUCUUCCGAACCAACACCUUCCUGGAGGCGCCCUAGUUCCUGACCUUUCCACAGGAGGCUCCUCCCCAGCGGGUUCAGACUUUUCGCCACCCUCACAGAACUCCGCCUGCUUCCUGUGCACACCAUGGCACUUUGAACCUGACCUGAAAAUGUGCCAGAAUCCACUUAUGGCCUGAACUGUUUGGUUUUCUUUCCACUCCAGCACAGGUGACCAGACCUGUCCACUGCCUUUCCUCACUGAUGGUGAGGGUGGGGUGAGGCCCAGAGGAGGCUCCUGCCAGUUCCCUGGGGAGAGGCAUAGUUGGCUUGCAAAAGGGAGUCAUAGUCAUUGAGUUUUAUUGCUUUCUCAUUUUUUCCUUUCCUGUAGCAGCACAAGGAAGCAAGGGCAGUUACUGGACCUGUUUAAAUGUUCUGUUGUAGACACAUGCUGUUUGGCUCUGCUGUGUUUGGAGCAUGUGGGGAAGGAGGGCUGACAGGUAACAUGGUGGAAUGCCUCUCUGGAACUAAGCUGUCCUGAUGUGUGACUCAGUAAAGAUGAUCCCCACACCUGCAGGGCUGUCAGGCUACACCAACCUUCUCUGUAAAGCUUUUUCUCGUUCUCAGUCAUGCUCUUCUCUCUAACAACCUGAGUGUAGGAAGGGACUAGUAAUAAGAAGGUAGCCAUCUUCUCAGCUUUUCUCUACCUGACAAAUUAUCUUGUUUUUGUUCUUGAAAUAAAAGACUUGGUUUAAGAUUCUAAA